GAGAAACAGGAUGCAAACUUACAGUUGUUCAAGGUAAACUUUCGCUGUUAUUACGUAGAAUGUUUAUAACUAGAUAUCUACAAAUCUGACACGAAUCGUUCUACUCGCAAUAUUGCUUGAAAUAAGCUCUCUUACAAGAUCGUAUAAUCUCCCGAUCAAAACAGAUUGUAAGAGAUAAAGCUUAUCACUCACAAAUAGAUCGAAGUGUUUUGUUUACUCGGAGUAUUUGUGCUAAUAAUGUCUCUGCAUCUGGCAGACGUAAACGCCGAAUACGAGAAAAACAAACGUUUAAAAAAGGAAGAAGUCCAAAAAUUUUACGACUGGGUGAAUGAACAACCUCAUUUACCCAAAAUCAAUGAACUUCAAGCCAUACUUUUCCUCCAUGCUUGCAAUUACAACGAGGAUGCGGCGAAAAAAACAAUCGACACCUUUUUCACUGUAAAAACUAUGGAUCCUGGUCUUUUUAAAAUGAGAAACCCACGGAACUCUCCAAUUAACAAUUCCCUUGAUGUUAUGCUGUUUACUCCGUUACCCCAGAAAACCCCUGAAGGUUAUACCAUCGUACUUGUUAAGCUGCAAGACGUCAGUCCCAGUAAUUACAACACAGAAGUACAAUUAAAAAUUUUUGACAUGAUGUGUAUGUUACAUCUACAGCAGUACGGUACUUCUGAUGGUUACGUAGCUAUUUUUGAUAUGAAAGGAACAAGUUUUGGACACUUGUUCCGCACAUCACCACUUGCCUUAAAAAGAUUUCUAUACUACGUACAAGAAGGUAUACCAGCACGUUUGAAAAGAUUACAUUAUAUGAAUCUUGUGUCUUUUAUGGAUAAGAUUAUGGCUUUAAUGAAACCCUUCAUGAAAAAAGAACUCUACGAUAUAAUUUAUUUACACAAUACCAUUGACGAUUUAACAAAAUAUGUUCCUCUUGAAUGUUUGCCGAAAGAUUAUGGAGGCUCCGCAGAAACUGUAUCAGAGCUACAUGAAAAAAUGAAGAAAACGCUGUUUGAAAAUGUCGACUUUUUUAAUUGGGAGGAUGAACAAAGUGUGGACGAAAGUCAAAGGCCAAAAGUCAAAAGGAACUGGUUUAAUUGGCGAUGACGUAUAUCAGUAGCGAAAUAUAAAGCAUAAGGCAUAAGUACGCUGUCAAUACAUGCACAAUGUAACACUCAAUUUACAAAAAGUUCGAGAAAAUCUUCAUCAUAGUCUUAAAACACAACUAAAAUCUGAAAGUACACUCUAUUCAUUUAAAUAAAUAUUUAAUAAGUUUCUGUAAAAAUUCUCUAAGAGUAAUUUAAAUUUCGUUUCCAUUUUUGCUUCCCGAUCGCAAGCAAAGGUCCAUCGACGAAUGGCUACUUUCAUGUUUUCUCGACGUUGCAUUACCUCUAGAGUACGAAUAAAAUAGGUUUCCCGUUCAUCUGUCUGUCUAUCUGUGUCGAUUUUUAUUAGACAGAUAAUCUCCGAAACAAUACUGGACCGUUAUCAAAUAUUAUAGUGACUUAAUAAUAUAUUUAAAUGGUAAGACGCUAACCUAAAUUUGUCUAAUCAUCUCCACCAACAAUUAAAUGACGUAAAAAAUCAAUUUUGGUCAUAGUAACUUCUAUUUACAUUUUAUAAAAUAACGUACUCCUGUAUUUGUGGUUUAUGAAUUCGCCUUGAUAUUUAUCACAAUUACUUUAAAAAUAUUUUUGUGAAAUUUUUCGCCUGUGUGUCACGUAGCUAUUUGGGUUACGCACACAACGAAUUUCCACUGGACAUAGGGAUUUUCCCUCACCUUAGCGAAUUAGUUCUGAAUUCGAGGAAAUUAAUUUUUGCUCCUGCUUUUUUUAUAAACAGAUUUUGUAGGUUUAGGGAAUUAUAUGAAUUCAGACAAUGGUAGUAUGGAAUCCGAUGUUGAAGAAGCAGACACAUGAUAAAGAUUGUGCGAAUAUUUCGAAUACGUUCAGGAAAGACGAAUUAAAUCUGGUAUUACUCAAUUAAGUGCAGGAUGAACAGGAUGCUCGUGCGAUAGCAAUACCCAACACAAAGACCAAACCAUAAAACAAUUUUUAAUUUCCUAUGGAAAACUAAUCGUCCAAUCUCAGAAGCAAUACGAAUAAAAAUAUAGUGACAUUCGUCGAACUGCUAAUAUUUCACAAUAUACAAGGCACUGUUCUCGAAAGUCAUCGGCCUUCAACAGAGUCAAAGAUACGGUGCAUGGAAGUCGAAUACUGCAAUGCUAGACAACUCGAUGGAAUGUGCUGUACUGAUGAGAUCCAACAAGAUCGAAACUGCAGUCUACAGCUUUCCAACGGGUUGUCUAGCUUUCGGUGUAAUUAAACACUUUGCAAUGGACUUUAUUUUAAAUUCCAGGCCUACAAAUAAAAUAAGUGACUUUUUAAUAUCCUUCAGUUCUAACAAAAUACAUACUUUUAAUUAAACCAUUUAUCUUA